AUGCUUUUAAGAACCGUCGCUGUUGCAGAUACGUUUUAUGUAAGUAGCGUCGGAGUUCAGUCCGACAUUGAUUAUGUACCUGAGAAUCAGUAUUCGCCACCGAUGCCACCACGGAUGCCUGAAAAUCGCGCUCCAGAGCCUCCGUCUAUGCUAACUGCAAUAAACUCAGUUAAAUUGAGAAAGUCUAAGCCAAGAGUCUCAGAACCUCCAGAACCUCCACCGUUAGUACAGCCGCUAGCACGACAAGCUGAUGAGCAAGAAGAAGAAGAAGAAGAAGAAGAAGAGGAGGAAAUUGUACGACCAAGGAUUGAUGUUAGAAGAAGACCACCUGUUGCUUACGUGAAAGAAAUUCUGGAAACUGUUGGUAAAGCUAAGGGUGGAAAUAUUCUUGAAAAACAAAAAUACCGACCGAAACCAGACCGAAUAUUGCUCACCGAAAAAUCUGAUCCAGCAGAAGUUCAAGAAUGGUUGUCAGAAAAAGGAUUCAGCAUUUGGGUACAUCAAAUUCUGGAGCUACAGAACGGUGCUAACCUAUUUUCACUAAGCAAACCGAAACUAGUUGAAAUCUGCGGUCGAGAGGAAGGAAGUCGAUUAUACAGUCAAUUGUUGCUCCAAAAAAAUAAAUCUGGGUACAAUACUCCAACAGCAGCUGAACUGAAAGCAAUCUUGAAACAUCGAAAGAUGCAAGUGGAAACAAGUAACGAAGCUUCUGGCGAAGAACCAUCUGAACCGGCACCUGAAACGCCAAAUGGAACUCUUGCCGAUCUGUUUACUCCACCUGAAUGA